AUGGGAGCUAACACGAGCCGAGUGGUUGGAACAUAUGGCUACAUGUCCCCAGAAUAUGCUAUAGAUGGCCAUUUCUCAGUGAAAUCAGAUGUAUUUAGCUUUGGGGUUUUGGUGCUUGAGAUAGUGAGUGGCAAAAGAAAUAGAGGAUUUUCUCACAAAGAUCACCACCACAACCUUCUUGGACAUGCAUGGAUGCUAUAUAAAGAAGGAAGGUCUUUGGAAUUAGUCGAUACUUACCUUGGCAUCUCGGGCUAUUUAUCAGAAGUGCUGCGAUCGAUCCAUGUGGGACUGUUAUGUGUUCAACAAUGUCCACAAGAUAGGCCAAGCAUGUCUGCAGCAGUGUUAAUGUUGGGAAAUGAAGGUUUGUUGCCUCAAGCUAGACAACCUGGUUUUUUCACAGAAAGAGAUGCUGAAAGUUCGAGUAGCACAAACACUGCAAAUUCAACAAACCAAAUGACCAUUUCACUGGUGGAAGCACGAUAA